GAUCUUCUUUCUUACAAGUGGCUGUCAGCACCAGGUUGCUGCUGCAGGCCCCAGGACUCUCUUGUGAGGCUUCUGAGGAGAGUCAGUGAAGGUCUAUUAUCUGCCGGCUCUGCUCUUCUCUGAGUCUUCACUCAGAAGAGCCAUGGGAACGCUCGAAGGACACCUGCUGCCAGGAGUAGGCUUCCUCAUCUUCGCGGUCUACUAUUCCUUGCUAACAUCUUUGGCCCUGCUCCGGAAACAGAAGAUGCUCAAGCACCCCUUGCUCCCGAGGAAGCUGCUGGGACACAGGUUGUAUUGGCAGGUAUCCUAUGAAGCAGUGGCAAAGGUGGUUGUCCCCUCUAUUUGCCUUUUUUGUGAAUACUUCUACCCCCUAGGAGUCAACCGUCUGAAGAUGAUAGACUGGAAGGACCCUCGGCGGGUGUUUAUUUUCAAGGACAACUGGGAGCAUGAAACCAUGUUUGGGUUCUUUCUUCUCAGUGGCAUAGUGGACCUUGUGAGCCAGGCACAUCAGGCACGUUGGAGUGUGAAGCUGGAGCGCGCGGCCGAAGCCCUGGCUUUCUAUGUGCUGGCACUGCUGAUGAUAACCCAUAUUGAGAACAAAAGCGCCUUGGAAAUCCGAGUCCAUCUUCUGUUUGUGUUGCCUGCCUUCUUGCUUGCUCUGGUGCUCACUGUGGAGAUCUGGGUCCCUGACGAUCCCCCACUCUGGAUCCUGAAGAGCUGGAUGGGGCUGGUGUUAAGCACCUGGAUGAUGCAGAUCUGUGAGAUGUAUAUACCUUUCACUGGACAGCCCUGGAGGGCAGACAACCCUGUGGACCGGGCAUUUUUAACCAUCUUCUUCUGCUGGCACCUGGCCUUAGGGCUUGCCUUGUUUAUUACCAUCUUUGGCCUCUCCAGUCUCUGGCUCCGUCACUAUUCUUCCUGGACAAAGCCUCUUGAGGCUAGGUACCAGUGGUGCCCUAUGGAAUCCAGUGGUGAAGAACUAGAAAAGCUCAGUGCAGAACCUGUGUCACAGAAUGGAGGUGUGUAGGCACAGAAACUGUCUUGAGUGUGCAUGCACAGCCUGGAGCCCACAGCAUAGCUGUUCCAUCCCAGGAUCCAGCUUGCUUAUCCCCAAAUAAACCUGUAGCUCCGAGGAAAACUUCUUAGUUAUCACUCUGUUCCAUCCAGGUCAGUCCCCACCUCUUUCCUUAUCUGUAUGGUUUCUGGUCAUUCAUAGAGAAAGAACAAAAGGGUUCUUUUCUGUAAUAGCUUUUGGUAAGUUUUCUUAUUAAAAAUAAAGAGAGA